AUGAAUGAGGCCAAAGGAUUAACUACUUUACCAAGCACAAACAUUUACAUGAAACUAACUCGAAAAGAGUAUGCUACAUCUAAAAAUAAAAACAUUAAUUUAAGAGUGUAUGACUGCAAACGUAGCAAGCAUUCUUUGGAUUACAUUACAAGUGCUAACAAUUAUAAAAUAAACGGUUCUGAAGAAUUAGAAAAUUCUAUUAGAGACAUCUUAUUCCGAUUAAUGAUACUGUUGAGGCAAGAACCUAAUGAAGUGAAAACAAUUAUCAACAAUAUUAUGAUUGAGUUUAGGCCUCGUACAAACUUAAUACUCAUGCUUAGAUCAAUCAUUGUUUUUUUUAUGAAAUUAAACUACCAAAUGACUAAACUACCAACUGCUGCUAUAAACAAACUAGUAAAAAGUAUUUGGAACGAUGAACUGGAUCCUCAGGAUAAAAUUGAUUUUGAAACAAUGUUUGUAGCAACUAAACGUGAAGUAUUUGGUCAGCAUGUCAAACAAAAACAGUAUGAUAGUAUCAUAAAAUUUUAA